AUGCCGAGGUGCACUCGGAGCCUGGCUCGGCUGCACCCCGCUGGUGCCUACGAUGGUCACGAAGCUGGAUUGCUGGGCUCAUUUUGGCAGAGUUUGUCCUUGCCGCAGCGACGAGAGCUCUUGCGAGUGGACAAAAAGACCUUGUUCCAGACGAUCAGGGCGCAGUACUGCAGCAGAUGCUUUGGUCUGUUUGUGCUGCGUUUUGAGGAAUUGCGGGGAGCUGCGCCCGUAGAAUGUCAAGCCUGUGCAACGUUCUAUGUGGGUCUGGUGGUGGAGAACGGACAGACGCUCACCCUGGAGGAGAGCAUCCUUGAGGACCAGCCCUUCAGGAACUUUGCAGACGCCAAGGCGAGGGAGCGGGAACGAGAGCUGCAGUUUAUGAGUGGAGGGAUUUGCGGGAAUGGCUGGACUCGGACACCUGGCAACACAAUGUGCAACCUGCACACUUCCAGCGUGCCAAUAGAGGCGCUGCUGGAGUACUGGUCAGGGCUGCCAGAGGAGCACCACACAGCGCUGUUCCAGUUGCGGGAGGAGGACUUUGCGGCGGAGCUGGACGCGCAUCUCAAGUACCAGCUGCGCAUCUGCCGCGAUUGCCGCGGCAACGUGUAUCGCGCCUACCGCGAGCUCAAGGCCAGCAAAGCCGGCGUGCCCGGCACCGAGCUGGAGAUCUGCGAGGGGCACAGCCUCGGCCUAUCAGACGGCGUGGUCUCCCUCCACGGCGUCGGCAGCUCUGGCUUCUUUGAGCGCGCUGAGGAGGUGGAGGACUGCAAGGGGGCAGACGGGGAGCUUGGGGAUGGCUAUGAUGAGGGGGUGCGGCACGCUGAGACGCCAGAAUUGGCGCGGGAGGCGCUGGCGGACUGCGCAGUGCUCAUCUUCAAGGGGCAGGUGGAGGUGGCGUUCCGGGAGCAGACGGCUGGGCACAAUGCACUGCUGCUCUUUGUGCACCUGGCGCUGUCCAUGAUGGAGGAGCGGCUCACAAACGCCUUCAAGGAGCUCCGCGCCAAGGAGGCAGAGGCGGAGCUGCUGGAGCUGGUGGCCAAGGAUGAGAAGGACAAGGAGAGCAAGAAGGCGAAGAAGAAGGGCAAGAAGAAGGGGAAGGGGGAAGGCAAGGGGGAGCAGCUGCUGUGCGGCUGCGGGGCGGUCUGCGACGCGGCCUGCAGCGCCUCCAGCCAGCGCGCCGGCCGCCGCAGCUCCUCCAGCUCGCCCACCAGGGGUGCCUCGCCCGUGCGCGCCCCUCCGACGCCCCCGCCCGACGCCCCACCGCUCCCAAGCGAUGGCACCACUGUUGGGGCCGCUGGCGAUGGCAAGGAUGCGCCAGUGCGCAGCAAGCCGAGCCCCGGCAAGAGCUGCCCAAGGUCGCCUGCCAGGUCCACGCUGGGCGCGGAGCUCAUGUCACCGCGGCGGCCGCCCGCCAAGGCGGUAGCGCAGCAGCCAUCCCCGAUGGCGGCAGACGCGGCUGCCGGCUGGGAGACCAUACCGGCGGGCGGCAAAGGCCGUCGCGGCGGAGUGGCCGGCCCGCGCAAGGCCGUCCCGGUGCCAGAGCAGCGCGGCAGCUCACCGGAGGCGCCGCGGCGGCAGUCGCUGGGCGCCCGACCGGUUGCCCAGCCGGCUGCGGCAGGCGGCGGCAGCAGGCAGCAGGCGGUGCCUGUGCGUGCGUUACCCGUUACAGCCAGCCCCCACACGCACACGGCUGCGCCCAGGGCCAGCCCUGCUGCCCCUGUGCCAGAGCAGCGGGGUGCCGCUGAGGCUCCUGCUGUUCGGGCUCUGCCAGUGACCGCUCCCAAGGCCGCUCCAGUCAAGCUGGCAGCAGUGCUCACCUCUGGAGACCCCAUCAUUGCGCAGCAUUCGGCCAACGAUGUGGCGGAGGGUGGGCAUCUGCCCUUCUCGCUCUUCCACCACUCCCCGGUGAUUCAUCACUCGGGUCAUGUCAACAACAGCUCCACCUCCACUCCGACCAGCCAGAGUCAGUCAUCGUACACCCUGUUUGGCAGCGGGCCCGCUCAAGCCUUCUCUCCCCUGGCCCCCAUGCUACAUAGCGUGCGCUGA